UAGUACUUAAUCACUUUUUCUCUGAUUUAUUUCUUCACAUUCCCAAUUUCCCUCUCAUUUCUCUCGCUUUCUACCACCUUUCGCUUUCAACCUUCUCUCAAAUUUCCGAAACCUACAUUCAAGAUCAUGGGAUCCAGAAACGAACGCCGUUCAACCUCAUUUUCCGGACCGGUAGACUGGCGUAACCGGCGCAACCUAAUGAGCAUUUCCGAGUUGUUUUCGAAGCUCAAAGACGCGUUCAAGAAAAGCGAUUUUAGUUUAGUUGAAGAAACCCUAAUUGCUAGGGAAGAGAUGUUGAAAGAAGAAAUUGAAAAGAUGAAGAGAGAAUCGGAGUUGUCAGCUGAGAGAAUGAAGUUUGAGAAGCUUGAAAGGGUUACUCUUGAGUUCAAGCUGGAGAAGAUUCAAGAAGAGAUGAAACAGAAGGCGUUGAUGAAGAAUGGUAAUGAUAGGGGUCAUGUUGUUCCCGUGAAGAAUCGCCGUGUUGCUGAUGGUAAUGGUGUUGCUAGUAGUGCUGAUGCUGUUGCUGGUGAAAAUGUUGGGGUUUUGGUCAAAGAUAAUAAAAGGGUUGAUGAACAAAGUAAGAAAGAUCGUCUAGUGUUUAGGAAAAAAACGUUGAAGGAAGCAGUUGAAGAGAAGGUAGUGGGGAAACUACAAGAAAAUAAUGAAUUCAAGAGUUGGGGAAGGAUCAAUGUUGAUAUUGAGGUGAAGGCUGACACGGGAGAAAGGCGUGGAGAGGAGUUAGUGAAGGUUGAGGAGGCUCCUGCUACUGAACUUGUAUGUGAAAAGGUCGACAUUUUGGCUGAGAGCCUAGUGGUUAGGAAAAGGAUGCUGAAGUCAGCAGUUAAAGAGAUGGUGGGGGAACUAGAAGAGAAUAAUCACUUCAAGAGUUUGGGAAGGAUCAAUUAUGAGAUUGAGGUGAAGACGGUCACGGGAGAGAGGUGUGGAAAGGAGUUCAUGAAGGUUGGGGAGAAUGGUAAUGGAUUUGGUUUAGAUGAUGGUAAGGUUGUGAAAGCUGGAGUGGGGCAUGAAAAAGGAAAAUUUGAGGUGUUGAAGAAUAGAGGGGUUGGUGAUGGGGAGGCUCCUGCACCUGCUGAACAGGUGGGCGAAAAGGUCAAGGUUUUGGCUGAAAAGAAAAGAUUCAUUGGUGAACCAGGCAAGAAAGGUUGCCUAGGUGCUUCUGAUACUGAGCGGAAAAGUUCAUCAGGAGCUGUCCAAAAAAACCUUGAUGGAAGAUUAGCUAAACCCAUUGCAAUACCACCUGAUGAUGCAAUGCGGAAAGCAGCAAUUGCAGAGAAAAUAAUGUUACUUCAAAGGAAGAAUCAUUUUAAGAGCUCAGGAAGACUCAAUUUUGAUGGUGAGGGGGAGACGGUCAAUGGAGAAAGCUGUGGUGAGAAGUUCGUUAAGGAUGGGAAGGUUGUGAAUGCUAAAUUGGGGCAUGAAAGAUGCAAACUUGAGGUAUUGAAGAAUAGUGGGGUUGGUGAUGGGGAGGCUUCUGCUGUUGCUAAACUCAAAGAUCAAAAGGUUGAGGUUUUGGCUGAAAAGAAAAGAUUGGCUGGUGAACCAAGCAAAAAAGAUGAUCUGGGUUCUUCUGGUAAAAUGCAGAAAAAAUCAUCCGGAGCGGUUCAGGAAAACCUUGCAACAAAGCCGGUUGAAUCCAUUGGAAUUAAGAGAGAUCUUGCAAAUUGUAUUUUGGACUUAGAUAGUAGUGAUAGCUCCUCUUCUAGUUCAAGUUCUUCAUCUGACGGAUUUGAUAUGGACAUUCCUCCUUUGAUGUCCUUAAGCAAUAAGAAGUUGAGAACCAAUGGCAGCCAGUCUACAAAUGAACUCUUUACUAAGUUGAACAAAGAAGCUUGA